GGGGCCCUGUCCCCCAGGAGGGCUGAGGGCCCUGCCCGCCGCCUCCCCCUCCCCGGCCCUUCUGCAGCCAGUGCCUGUUGCUCCGGAAGCCGGGGAAGUGCCGGGGAUGGCGGCAGGUGCGGUCCGGCCUCUCUGUGACUUCUGGCUGCCCCCGCCCUCCCACGGGCCCUUCCUGCCCGCAGACCUGGAGUCUCCAGACACUUCUGAGGAGGAGGAGGAGGAGAGUGAGGAGCCAGGGGCCUGCCGCCCAGCUUCCCAAGACUCCGGUUGGGCUAAAGCCCCCCCCGAGGCAGCCCCUCCUGGUCCCGGCAGCCCCGAGACCCCGCGGCAGCUGCUGCGCUUUUCCGAGCUCAUCAGCGGCGACAUCCAGCGGUACUUUGGCCGCAAGGGCAGGGGACAGGACCCCGAAGCCUGCCACAUCUAUGCCGACAGUCACCUGGCCAGCAGCUCGGCCAGGGAGCUCGACUGCACAGACCUGGGGUGCCUGGCCCGGGGCGGGACCCCGGAAGACGACGAGGCUGCCGAGCCUGAGGCCCAGUCGCCCAGGGGUCCCGAAGGGCAGGCGCGUGGGCCGGGCCUCACCCGGGACUUGGUACUGCCGCUGGGGCCCCUGGCCGAGCUCUUUGACUACGGACUGCUGCGGUGCUCUGGGCUGGGGGUGACUGCCGGCCGCCGGCUGAGGCUGCAGCGCAAGUAUGGCCACAUCACCCCCAUGACCCAGAGGCAGCUGCCCCCCUCCUUCUGGAAGGAGCCGGCGCCCAGCCCCCUGGGCCUGCUCCACCCCGGCACUCCUGACUUCAGUGACCUGCUGGCCAGCUGGUCAGCGGAGGCCGGCCCCGAGCUGCCUGGAGGGGGCACCCAGGCCCUGGAGGGGGUGCAGCUGGCCGAGGCUGAGCAAGAGGUGAGGGCGGUGGGGACUGCCUGUCCCUAGGGCGU